CUCAUGGAUCAUUCAGACGGGAUUUCAUCGCAGCUGAAGUUGUCUGUUACCGAGCGUCGGAUGAAAACUGCCCGACAGCAACGGCUCUGCUGUGGACACCGCCGCACUGAGGACGGUUGUCUCUGCGUGGUUUCUCCCGUCUUUGCCCGGGAGAUGUCUGUUUUUUGCUGACGGGCUGCGGGACAGGAUGAGGAUGAGGAUGGGGAUUGUCGGUGCCAUCAUCCCGCAGCCUGGACCUGUCUUCUGCUGCUGCUGCUCGGGGCUUUCUGGCCUCUGAACAACAGCAGAUUUUCCUCCCGAGCAGAAGCUCUGAGGUUGAAGCUGAAAGGAUUUGUUUUUCAACCACCAACAUGAUGAUGAUGAUGACGGUUGUUGGGACAAUGCAGAGGGAAGUGCGGCGGUGGAUCGACAGGUCUUCGAGAUGAUGAUGAUGAUGAUGAUGCUCCACCACCACCACCACCACCACUACAGGGCGUCUGCCGGUGUCCGUCAUCUUCUCCAGGGGAAGAUGAGUCCACAGCUGCAGGAGGAGGAGGACACUACUACAGGCUGUGCUUUGUGAAAAACCUGCCCGGAGACACGAGUCAACGCCUCACACACACACACACACACACACGCACAUACACACUAUCUGUGGACAAGCAUGAUGAUGAGACUGACAUGACAUGAUGACAUGACAUGCACAAGAAAAAAGAGGAAACACAGCUUUGGUUUCUUUGUAGCCUCAGUCUUUUAAAGGGAGUCUGCAACAGGCACAGAGAAGUGAGCAGUGACAUUGCUGCUGCUACUGCUGCUGGUGCAGGUGCAUCACUGUAGACUGCAACACACGGCCUGCCUGCCUGCCUGCCUGCCUGCCACAGUGUGGAGGACAAGCAGCCCACAGCAGGAUCCUGGAGGGGCUCAGGAGGUGAGGAAUCACAUCACACCAUCAAAGGGACCCUGCUCAUAAUGGGGCAAUGUGGAUUAUGGUGUUCCUGUUCCUUGUGAACUGCAAAAAGGAAGCAACCACGAGGACGACGGAACUACUAGCUGACGGAGGAGGUGGCGGGGCAGUGGUGGCUUGGGUGCUUAAAGAAAAGGUGGCAUGGGUGGGGAGCGAUUCAGGAUGGCGAAUGGAAACGAGAGUAGUGAGGGGCCUGCGGGGUCCAUGUCAGCAGUGGUGGCUACAGCAGGAGGUAUGGUAGCAGAGAGUCCCUCCUCAGCUGUCUCUACCUAUAUUAAACUGGUGCUACUUGGGCUAAUCAUCUGCAUUAGCCUCGUGGGCAACCUGGUGGUAUCUCUGCUUGUACUGCGGGACCGGGCCCUGCACAAAGCACCUUAUUACUUUCUGCUGGACCUGUGCCUGGCAGACACGAUUCGUUCAGCCAUCUGCUUCCCGUUUGUGCUGGUGUCGAUAAAGAACGGCUCGGCUUGGACUUACAGUGUGCUGAGCUGCAAAGUGGUGGCCUUCAUGGCAGUGCUCUUCUGUUUCCACGCCGCCUUCAUGCUGUUCUGCAUCAGCGUUACGCGAUACAUGGCUAUCGCACACCACCGCUUCUACUCAAAGCGCAUGACAUUCUGGACAUGUGUGGCCGUGGUGUGCAUGGUGUGGACACUGUCUGUGGCGAUGGCUUUCCCACCAGUUUUUGACGUGGGCACCUACAAGUUCAUUCGUGAGGAGGACCAGUGCAUCUUUGAGCAUCGCUACUUCAAGGCGAAUGAUACAUUAGGCUUCAUGCUAAUGUUGGCUGUGCUCAUUCUGGCCACACACGUUGUCUACAUGAAGUUACUGCUUUUUGAAUACAAGCACCGCAAAAUGAAGCCGGUCCAGAUGGUACCAGCCAUCAGCCAGAACUGGACCUUUCAUGGGCCGGGGGCCACUGGCCAAGCAGCUGCUAACUGGAUUGCAGGCUUCGGCAGGGGCCCGAUGCCACCCACUUUGCUGGGAAUCCGGCAGAACUUGCACAACCAGAACCGGCGCCUGUUGGGCAUGGAGGAGUUCAAAGCAGAGAAGCAGCUCGGCAGGAUGUUUUAUGUGAUCACCCUGCUGUUCCUGGUGCUCUGGUCUCCCUACAUAGUGGCUUGCUAUUGGAGGGUGUUUGUCAAGGCUUGCACAAUACCGCACCGGUACCUCUCCACCACUGUGUGGAUGAGUUUUGCUCAAGCCGGCGUUAACCCCAUUGUUUGUUUCUUCCUUAACAAAGACUUGAAGAAAGGGCUCCUUUCCCAUCUACCAGCCUGCUGCAGGACUAAACCUCAUCUGCCACGAGAGCCUUAUUGCAUCAUGUAAGCAGAGAUGAUGAUGUGAACAUGGAGAAAAACCAAGGGCCAACCAACACAUACAUUGUGGGAGUCUUAACUUGAUUUAUCGUUGUGUUUGAUUCAAUGCAAGCUACUUAGGAGCAGUGGGUGUAAACUAGAGAGUGUACUGGUAAAAACACUGGAAUGGUAAGCAUGUACAUCUACCAACCCUUUUUUUUCUCAAAACAAGGAACAUAUAUGGAGUCAGACACUGACUUUUGACAAUGAGAAAAAUAGUUGAAUUGCGAAACAAGCUAAUAUUAAUGCUGUCACUGUGGAAAUCAAGCCAGACAAAAGAAAAAAAGAAAAAAAGCAUCAACAAAUUAUAUGAGCUGCUUCAGAAAGAAUGUCAAAAGUAGAUUGAAAGAGGUUGUUUUUCUAUGUUUUGGUGACCGAAGGGACACAAAGAAGCAACUUUUCUAGUCUAAAUUUCCUAAUGUGCUAGCUCACUCAGACAAGCCAGAUAAUGUUAUCUAUACAGUGACAGUGGAGAGGUGAGAGGAAGUGAGGUGGAGCGAUGCAACAAAGAUUGUAACCGGGGAUACUGCCAUUCAUCUUAACCCCUAAACCAUGAGGUUGACCCCUAACUGCAUAUUCUUCAUUAGUUUCUUUUUAGGAGCAAAAUGUUAAGAAUAUUCCUCAAAUCUUUGACCUUAAUGUAUUGAUUUUUGGAAACAAAACUCAGAUCCAAAGACAUUCUCACUUGGUUGUUAUUUUCACAUAUCGGGACACAAAGACUCAUCAGUUCAUUCAACGUAUAAAAUCUUAGUCAGUAAUAACUUGGAAUUUCAAAAUAUGUCACAUCUUGGCUUUAAAAUCUAAGUUAUUGUGUCUUAAAUAAAUGGAGACAACUUGGAAUUGGCAAGUUAAUCAAAGGCAGUAUCAGAACAUAAUGCUUUGUAUCAAUAACUGCUGAUAGAGGAAUAUAAUACUAUUAUUUUUGCCACAUUUGUGGCAGGAACUCCAACGAGCACCGAGCACCAGCCUUUAUGAGUGGGAUGAUGUAAUUUCUCACUCUCUCUCUGUUACUCCAACUCUCUGCAGACGGGGGCAGAAAUCCUACUGCGUUAGCCUGUGAUUCUGCACGUCAUUCAAAGACAAAAGAUAAAACAUGAUCAGCUUAGUUCAUCAGUUAAUAUAGGAAGUAGAGAUUUCGGGUGGACAGGAGCUUGUUAUAGGCUACAUUUUAUAACUGAAAAUUGUGCCCAGGUGUCCUUUUCUGUCUGAUCUUUGUACUUCCAAGUGUAACAAGGAUCAAACUGAGGAUGUCAUGGAAAUCUCCCAUGUCCAGAUGCCUAUAAUGCACGUGCCAGUGUCGUAGCACUCGAGUCAGGUUGAGCCAGAACUUGUGGCUUGACUCCAAUUUGUGCACUGAUGACUCAGACUCAGACUCAUGCAUCGACUGCAUAAUGAACCGUAUUUAUUAGGCAUAAAAUAUUAAAAUAUGAAUGCUUAUUAAAAUAGCAAAACCUUUAUUAAUUCAAGUGUGGGUACAUGUGGUUAGUAGGACUGAACCACUUACUUCAAUCGAUCAUUUUCUUCUAAUUUGAUCGUCAAAUGUUGGGUGUUACGUUUGGGUUUUCUUUGGGUUUCAUCUAUGACAGUAAAUUAAAUGUCUUUACUUUGAGGUCUGGGAAACACCAAUGGACCUUUUACUUUCUGAAAUGUAAUGAUCAAUGAUGAUUAUGAAGCAGCCAUUCACAAAUACACAGUUUACUCAUUAGUGUGCAUGUACAUGCAUUUGUUUGGUUAUUAAGUAAAAAAAAAAAGUUUUUCUUUUUGUAUGUCAGCUGUAAGUGGAGCCCUGGAGUCCAUCUUCUCACUAGACUAAGACUAAUAUGUAAUGGGAAAGCGACUUAGACUUGACUCCGAGUCUUUGAUAACUCAGACUUGAAGUUUAGUGACUCAACUACAACACUGGCUUGUGCUUUUUAAUACCCCCUCAUACACACACAUACAUUUGUUUUUACUUUAGAACAAAAGUGAUCAUGCGAUCUGCUAGUUAUGAGCAGAUUUUCAAGUCAAAAAUAGAGAAAUAAUACAGCACAUGACGGUGAAGGGCCGGCAACUGGAGAAAGAAUUCAUGACAAUAUGAAUGAGAUGUGAAUAAAAUACUUUUUCAAGGUGGUGGAGUGGAAGAAAAAGAAGACUUUUAAAGGACAGGAGAAAUAAGUGAUUAUAGAGAAAAGUGUUAUCACCAGCUCUGUAAACAAGACCUUAACCACCUCCGUCGUUAAGGUCUUGUUUUGCUCCACAUUAAAGUUCCAGUUGGAGCUGGUCAGUGUUUUAUUAGCAUCUCAUUCAUGCAACAAAAUGAGCUCAUGAAUCACGGGCAGUUACUGCCGUUUCAAAUGCAGCAGUUAAGUCUUCGUCCCGCUUAUAAUCUGUGGUCAUGUGAUCACACCAUUGGCUCAUUCAGCACAGAGAAACUGACGUGUUUGACUGAGUGAAUAAGAGACUAAAACUACCAUUAAAAACACACUUGGCAGAGGAAACAGAAUCAUCUAAAGAGAGGGAAUGGCUUGAUUCAGUGUGACAGAUAUGAGCGUUGUCUGGCACCAGUCUCCUCUGCACAUUUCCACUUUAGGGUAAAAACAAGAAAACUUCCAUCUGUUCCAAAUCGCGUUAUUGUCCUCACUCACUUGUGCUGUAAGGAAUUAUUUUCCCUGACUACAGACACAAUUUUGUUAGUAUUUUACACCUGGGAAAUAAUGUUUACUGAGGUUAGGAGAAGUGAAGGAAACUGCAGUUUGAAGAACAGCAGCUACAGAGUGAAAUGUGAAAGAUGCAAAGCACAGGUGAGACGGAAUCUGUUGCACUAAUUCAGUCCCUGUCCAAAAAUACAGGAUUCUCUAGAUUUCACAACACUCAAACUGAGCUUUAACCUGUCUGCAGCUGGUCCACAGAAGGUCGUCUCUGUCCAUUCCAGGACGCCAAAGUGGACUUUUUUUAAAGUCAAAACUUCCAACUUGCUAAACUGUCAAAACUUACGACAUAAUAGUGUGUUCCAGUUGUGCUCGCAAGUUGUAAUUUCACCAGUUUUCACCAGUUUGAAUUUAAAUUUGAACGCCCAUUGAAGUUUCAAUUUGUUGAGUCUUCAACUUUUUGAGAUCCACAUUCCCCAAAUUCAACAGAAAUGGGAAAAUAUUCUGUAAUUUAAGUAGACUGGUCGGAAGAAUUGGGAGAUACAUUAGUUGAAUAAAAAAAAAAUCUGCUAGAUUAAUUUGUUGGUACAGCCCUACUGAAAUCACAAUUAAAGACAGCUGCUUCAAGCGUUCAACUUUUGUUUUACAAUUUAAUUUUUUUCUCACAUACUUUUUGUCCAAUUCAAUAACUUGUACACACGAGACUAUCAUGCAGAUGUCUGUGUUUUUAAUGUAUAAAUUACCGCAUAAAGUGUUCAGAAAACAGAUUGGAUUAGUUUGCUAAUUAGUCAGACAACUAGUUGUGAUGUUGUGGAGCUCUGUGGAAACUGGAACACACUUAACUCAUGACAUGACGUUGAUCCUACAGAGUCAUGACGUUUGAGGCAACUGUAACACACUAUAAUUACUCCAACAAAAUUCAGUUUGAAUCAUGAAACAGAGCCAUGAUGGCCGCCGCCGCCUGGUGCCGAUCUGGAGUCCAUGUCAGGUUGACGUUCAGAUCCUAAUGUUUGAUUUAAAUCGUCAUUGUUUUACUCAGACCAGUGAAGCGGUGGCGACGAAGCAGCAGACUCUACUUUAUUCUUUUGCACAAAUUAAAUCAAAACUGUGCUUCUUCCUUGUUUUUAUCCUCUGAAUGACUUGUAACUUGAGGUGCAGUUAAGGUGGAAGUAGAUUGUAUUUAUUGUCAGUGAAUGUCUAAAAACAUGACUUGAGGGCAGUGUUGUU